AUGGCGAAGGGAAUAUUUCCGCAGAUGAGUAUACCGGAUAUUAUUGCCGCUCUUUCCAGCUGGGGUCUCUCCGUCAGUCAGGAACAGCUCCUGCGACCUACAGCUGAGUUUGUUGAAGGCAUCUACUACGCUUUCCUCCAACUCGUUACCGGCCUCAACCACGACAUACUGCGAGAACCCGUUCAGAACGCGUUAUCCGUUGUCGGAGAGACGGAUCUCUAUGUCUCUGCUGUUACCCACAACGCGCUCCUCUACCAUAUGUCACGAUUUGCGCAAUCUGCUCGUGUCGAAGAUUUCAGCGCGAAGGACUUGUGUCAGCCAGAGCGGGACCGUACCCUAGUUCUUCUUUCCGCAUUCAUCAACUUCAUCAAGUUCACAGAACAAUGGUGCAACCCCUUUAUCAAGGAGCUGCGCGAUGGUUCACAGAAGAUAACGGAGGAACGCCAAAUUGUCGCGCGUGAGUUGGUUGACAUACAAGCAAAGGUUUCUAUAUUGAAAGCCAAAAUUGCAGACGAUGAACCCAGAUGCGAACAGCUGCGAAAAGAGAAUGCCGCCCUCCGCGCGAGAAUGAUAGCAACCAAAGAAAUGCAGACUGCUGCCGUCCAAGAGGUAGAGAAACUCAAAGCAGAGAAGACAACCCUCAUCAAACGCAAAGAAGCUUUGAAUAACGAGGUAUCAACAGUAUCAGAAUCUAUUUCUCGGACCCGGUCGCGAAUCGUGCAAUCCCCUGAACGCAUCAAACGUACCAUCGUCGUGAUGGGUUCCACGGCCCAAGAGGAUCGCAGAACAGCCUCGAUGCUUGAAGCCAAAGUCCGGGACCUUCAAACUAAAAUCAAUGCCCUCCUAAACAUAGAAAAGGAUCUGCGCGGAUGUGUCGAACAACUACAAAUCAUCGAGAAGGAGGUCGGGUCUCUCGAAGAAUCUCAGAAGGAGUUGGCCGACCUGAAAGACCAUCUUGAGUCGAAACAUAUCGAGCGGAACGAGCUUACCCUGAAGCAAGAGCGCGUCGAGAAGCAACUAUCAAACGCACGCGAGAAGCUUGAGCGUGCCCAGAGAUAUACGGAGGAUAAAAAGCACACGAGCCAAAAGACGAUCGACCGUCUCCAGCGAGAAUACGACGAAAUGGCGAUCGAGCGACGUGAUAACGAUCGCCAAGUGGAGGAAUACCGAGGAGAGGCCGACAACUUGGAGCUUAAGAUGGCAGAGCACCUGAAAGCUAGCCAGGCCGAACUGCAAGAAUUGUUGACCGAAUACUGGAAGCUGAGGCACGAAACAGACGUGUACAUGGAAACUCUCGCGAACAAGUUGAAUAUGACGAUCUCUGACACAUGA